AUUCCCCUGUUUGAGUGCCUGAGUGUAGACCGAGAGCACUUUCUUCUUCACUUUCACAAUAAUUUUCUUCUUCCACACAACACACAUCUAACAACCUCCAGCUCUAUUCUGAAAGGGAAUAAAGAUGUUAGUCGUUAUGCCAAUUUUAAUUAUCCUUCUGACAUCAGACUACAGCAAAGGUCAAAUACAGCUGCGUGCUUUCAAACAUCAGACAGUGAAUUGCAAUGAGAGGACUGUCUUACAAUGCAACAUCAGUGCGUCAAUGCCUCUGAGCACUGUUAAAGUAUACUGGAAAAAACUAGAAGAGAAAGAUUUUGAGUGUGAUCCAACAUCCAGCAACUUCCCUCCAGGAUUUAAGUGCAACUACACAGGAGAAGCACUGACAUUAACCAUUUCAAAUCCUACGCCAGCAAACGUGGGCACAUAUUUUUGUUGUAUAAAGACACAGUCUGGACAUGGAGCAGAAAAUAUCAACGUAUCUAUAGGAGAAUGCACUGGAGAAUUUUCCAACCAGAUGGCUGGACCUAAACAAAUGCAGUGUAGCUUUAAUGGUGUGUACCCAGAGGCCAUAAUAAACUGGUUUCAUUAUGACAAGAACCUGACUUCCAACUCUACAACCACAAGCCUGGCAAACUCUGAUGGAACGUUCAACAUCACAAGUGUCCUCAAUAUCCAGGACGAUCAAAAGAGAUACAACUGCUCACUGUGGUCACUCAAAUAUGGGCGAUACAGUGAUCAAGAGUUUGAAGUGCCAGAUCAUGCUCGUUUUGGUCUCAGUAGCAGGAUCAGCACACUGCAUUGUUUAUCGUGGACUAUCAUACUUUUUAGCUUGAUGUUUUCAUCGAGAGCCUGUUUGUCUCUAUAAUCUUUACAUGUCAAAUUAACCCAACUAACACAAGACCUGAUGACAUAACUAAAGGUCUGGUGAGGUUUAAUCAAUGGAUAUUGCCAGGUAAACUGACCAUCUGAUCAAUAGAGUGGUAGAACUUUUGCCUGCCAUGCGGUAGGUAUGGAUCUAAUUAAGACCAGGGAAUAUAGAUCUGAGUUUUACCUGAAGACAAGGCCACAGGACAUGGCAGGCAGCUGACAUUUGUCCCUUUUCUUGUAUAGAAUCAUGACUGGAUUUAUUAAAGAAAAUGCACUGAGUAGCUCACAUGAAAAACUAUUUCAAACAGCAUUUUGCAAAUGUAUUUGUGACCCUGUACCGCAAAACCAGUCUUAAGUAACAUUGGUAAAUUUGUAGCAAUAACCAACAAUACAUUGUAUGGGUCAAAAUUAUAGAUUUUUCUUUUAUGCCAAAAAUGAUUAGGAUAUAAGUAAAGAUAAUGUUCCAAGAAAAUAUUUUGUAAAUUUCCUACCAGAAAUAUAUCAAAAAACGAUUUUUUUGUAUUAUUAACAUUCAUUACUAAGAACUUCAUGUGGACAACUUUAAAGGUGAUUUUCUCAAUAUUUAGAUUUUUUUGCACCCUCAGAUUCCAGAUUUUCAAAUAGCUGUAUCUCAGCCAAAUAUCCUAUCCUAACAAACCAUACAUCAAUGGAAAGCUUAUUUAUGCUGCUUUUAGAUGAUGUAUAAAUCUCAGUUUUUUUUAAAAAAAAUGACACUUACGACUGGUUUUGUGGUCCAGAGUCGCAUUUAUUCCUAUUCUUUAUGCAAAAUAAUGUAUGAUUUCAAAUUAAUUGAAAGUCUACACUGAAUAUAUAUUUGGAAAAGUGUGUUUUUGCUAUUUUUUACAUUGUCUAUUCUGUAUAUUUGUGUAUUAUUCUUUUUGUUAUCUGUGUCUUGUCUAUGUCAUUGUUUUGCACUGCGGAGCUUCUGUCACUAAAACAAAUUCCUCAUAUGUGUAAACAUACCUGGUAAUCUCAUUGUCAUUGAGAUAAUAUAUAUAUAUAUAUAUAUAUAUAUAUAUAUAUAUAGUUUGAAUUAGUUGUUGUUUAUUUUAGUUUUCAUUUUAAUUUUUGUUAAAGUCUGUUUGUUUGAAGUAAGUAUGUAUUGUUUUUUUGUUGUUGUUUAUAUAGUUUUUAUUAAUUUUUAUUUUAGUUUUAGUUAUUUUAAUACAUCAAGGUAAAAUAAGUGAAAUGAGUGAUUUAUCCUUUCACUGUCAAGCAGCAAAAUUCACUUUCAAAUAUCAGUUGUUAGAUAUGCUGUGCUCUUUAGCACUGUAAUUGAUUUGCUUUUUUUUUUUUUUUUUUUUUUUUUUUUUUUUUUUUUUUUGA